CACGUCGUCGCUUACCUACAUUCAGGCCCCUUUGCUUAGUUCGCGCUUUGCCCUUUUCACGCACCAGACAGACAUCCGCCAGGUUGCCACCCGCCCCGACAGACCUCGGGACGUGUUGCUGCUUACCCUUGAUCAUUGAUGAGUACAGCCGUUUUCUUUCCCUUUUCAACUAAUCGAUGAUGUGCGGACAUUGAUGAGGUAAAGUCAGAGGGAACAUCCUCUCCGGUCUGACUCGCGGCCGCUUCGGGCAAGGCGCUUCGCCUCGUUCUGCUUGCGAGCCGCGAGACACGCAGACACGCAUGUUGGUGAUAGAUACGUAUAGCCGAGAGGGGCUGUCCGAGGUAAGCGAGGCCGCCUGCCCACCCGCCCGCGCCCCGACGCACUCCUAGGCUCGAUGUCGCCGUGGUAUAUGCGUGAGAGACGCCUUGCUUCUUGCGCGAUUGCAUAUGCCGGACGACAGUUUCAUCUCGACGCCGGCCAUUCGACCACCAUCUCGACAUGGGAGGGAGGGGAAGAGACUCCACUUCGGUCUUGUCAAGCGUCAAGCAAGCCCCCUUGGCCACAUCCGGCCUCGCAGUGUCGAGAUGCCGCUAGGCCGGUUUCCCCUCGCUGCAUCCUUAUCUUAUACGAUUACCAUCGGUACCAAUGUCAUCAUAUCGACAGCCACGUUCCGGCCGGCGGAGGAAGAGAGAGCGAAGGAAAUGACGACAGCGUUCUACAAGUUCCCAGACGAAUAUCGUGAGCAACCGAGCACAACCCAGUGUGGUAGGACACUCCAUCUUCUCUUCCGCCAUGCAGGCACUAGUGCCCUAAAUCCGAUGAACGAGUAUGGUCAGCAGCACCUCGUCGACCAGCGUCACACUACCUUGGGCCGGACACUGCCAUGUCUGGGUCCUACGCGGCACUACCUGUCCUACCGGCCAUACCACGUCGACAAUCUUCGCUCUCGUCUUCCGAAGAACAGCUGGCCGAAAGCCAUACUGGCCGAGGAUGCGAGCCAGGGCAUUCGAUUCGACGCCUCUGCGGACCGCUCGUUACAGCGCUCAACCACUUAG